AUUGAUUAAUUUAGAAUGCUCAGGAUUCAAAAUCGCAUUAAACAUGAUAAUGCUGAAUUGCUGGCUAUUAUAGAUAGAUGUGCAUGUAUGAUAUUUUUUGAAGUUAGAAAUUAUGAAAGAAGACAGGUUGACUCUAAGGCAAAUGAUAAAAGACAAUAAUUCAGAAAUAAUUUCAUUAGUUACAACAUAUAAGAAGAAGAAUGGUAUCAAUAUUCAUUCAAUAAUGUAGAUCUAAGAUUGUUAUAGUAAGAAUUAAGAAAGUUGUUGAAUAAAGUUAAAGGCAAAUAAUAAUUAUAAUAAUAAUAAUAAUAAACUCAGAUUUAGUAUAAUACUAGAACAACAAAAGAAAACUAACUAAAUAUUUCUCAAUCUAAAACCUCGCGAACUCCUUCAAGAUAAACUGCAUGUAUUUAAAAAAAUAGAAAUUUUGUAAGUCCACCUAAAAGAUCUUUAAGCAGAUAAACUAAAUAGUCAAUAAUCCCUAAAUAAGAAAACUCUCCAAGAUUCAAUGAAGAUAUUAAAUAGAAUAGUCCCAAUUCUCCAGAAUUUCAUUUGUAUAUAAUUCACAUUAAUUAUUAAGUGUUUCCCCAAAUAAAAUUGAAUAGCAAAGGUAACAACUGGAAUAAUUUGAAUAAAAACUAAAGCAAUAUACUUAAGGUGAAAACUUCUAAAAAUUAUUUGAUCAAUAAGAAUACGCGAAAAAGAGAGAUGAUAUUGUUCUAGCUAGUUUUUAAAAUGUAUUAAAUUGUUUUUAAUUAUUAGUUUACAGUUUAACAUUCAGAACCUGAUAAAGAUUAGAAUAAAGACAAGGAGGAAGAACUAUCAUCAUAAAAUCUUCAUAGAAGACAACAUUCUUAUAUGUCAAUGACAAAAGAAAUUGGAACUCAUCAACAUCAUAAUACUGAAAUUAUAGAAAUCAAGUUAUCAACCUAAUCAAAAUAAGAGCCAUCACAAUCAUUUGAAAACUCUUAAGUGGAUGUUGUAAGUGAUACUUAAGUGUAUCAGAAUAAACAGAGAUAUGGAAAUGGAAAAUAUAAUUAGGAUACUUUAAAAAGCAUUUAAGUGUAGCAAUAAGCAUAAAUUGAACUUGAUAAACAAUAGCAAUUUGAACAUCAAAAUGAGAACAUCUAUCAAUCUUAAUUAUUAGACAAGUAUGAAGAGGAUGAAUAUGUUUAAUUUUAAAAUACUCAAAAUGAGAGACAAUAAACAUAAUAAUUUGUAGCUACGAAUGAUGAAGAUCAAUAUAAACCUGUGAUUACCGAAGAUGAAAUAAUGAAGAAAUAUGCAGAUCUGUUCACAGCACCUGAUUUUUUGAAACAAUGCAGAGCUACUUGCUAGACUCAGAAAACUCUUGAUUCGUUCGCUGACAGUCGAAGUCUUAAUUUCAUUGUUCCUUGUUAAAGUAUGGUCUGUUAGGAUGUUGAAACAACUAAAAAGGGCAAAUAUUCAUUGCUAUCUUAAUUAACGGCUGAGUAAAUAUUUGAUGAGAUUUUUCCUGAAUGCUCCUUAUAGAAAAUUAGCAAGGCUUUUUUUAGGUUUAAGAUGGAAGUUGUAUUUUAACAAUUACAGUGUGAUCCUUCAUAAGAGGAAUUGGAUGAAUUGUUUUAGUAGGUUGAUAUUCAAAGAGAUGGAUUCGUGGAUGUGAAUGAGAUGGGACAGUUUUUGGAUACUGUUUGUCCCCAACAAGAUAGAUAGGUGUAUAAUCAAAUUGAUGUAAGCAAUAAAGGAUAUUUUGAUGAAUAAGAAUUGAGCUAAAAGUUAAAUAAGAACGUUGCAAGACAAUACUUCUCAGAAUUGGAUUUAUUAAACACCAAUAAAAUAACAUAUUGGGAAUACUAUCUAAAGUAACAUAUCAUAUUAAUAUAGACGCACUACAAAUAUUGGACAAUAAGUUAUUAAUAUGAUAUAAAAAAGUUUAGAUUGAUUAAAAGUUUAAUAUAAAAUUAUUAAAUUUUUAUUAUAUCGUUAAUGUUGACUUAGAAAGUUUCAUUAGGAAAGGAGGAAGAUUUCAAUUUGAAUAAAUUUCGCGAUUCUUUGUAUCUUAGAAUGUCCAGUCCUAGUACCUUAAAAGUAAGUAGCACACGGAAGGAGGAUAAUUCAGUUAAGAAAUCUUCCAAAUCUACUCUCUAUACUGAUUAGNUUUACAGUUUAACAUUCAGAACCUGAUAAAGAUUAGAAUAAAGACAAGGAGGAAGAACUAUCAUCAUAAAAUCUUCAUAGAAGACAACAUUCUUAUAUGUCAAUGACAAAAGAAAUUGGAACUCAUCAACAUCAUAAUACUGAAAUUAUAGAAAUCAAGUUAUCAACCUAAUCAAAAUAAGAGCCAUCACAAUCAUUUGAAAACUCUUAAGUGGAUGUUGUAAGUGAUACUUAAGUGUAUCAGAAUAAACAGAGAUAUGGAAAUGGAAAAUAUAAUUAGGAUACUUUAAAAAGCAUUUAAGUGUAGCAAUAAGCAUAAAUUGAACUUGAUAAACAAUAGCAAUUUGAACAUCAAAAUGAGAACAUCUAUCAAUCUUAAUUAUUAGACAAGUAUGAAGAGGAUGAAUAUGUUUAAUUUUAAAAUACUCAAAAUGAGAGACAAUAAACAUAAUAAUUUGUAGCUACGAAUGAUGAAGAUCAAUAUAAACCUGUGAUUACCGAAGAUGAAAUAAUGAAGAAAUAUGCAGAUCUGUUCACAGCACCUGAUUUUUUGAAACAAUGCAGAGCUACUUGCUAGACUCAGAAAACUCUUGAUUCGUUCGCUGACAGUCGAAGUCUUAAUUUCAUUGUUCCUUGUUAAAGUAUGGUCUGUUAGGAUGUUGAAACAACUAAAAAGGGCAAAUAUUCAUUGCUAUCUUAAUUAACGGCUGAGUAAAUAUUUGAUGAGAUUUUUCCUGAAUGCUCCUUAUAGAAAAUUAGCAAGGCUUUUUUUAGGUUUAAGAUGGAAGUUGUAUUUUAACAAUUACAGUGUGAUCCUUCAUAAGAGGAAUUGGAUGAAUUGUUUUAGUAGGUUGAUAUUCAAAGAGAUGGAUUCGUGGAUGUGAAUGAGAUGGGACAGUUUUUGGAUACUGUUUGUCCCCAACAAGAUAGAUAGGUGUAUAAUCAAAUUGAUGUAAGCAAUAAAGGAUAUUUUGAUGAAUAAGAAUUGAGCUAAAAGUUAAAUAAGAACGUUGCAAGACAAUACUUCUCAGAAUUGGAUUUAUUAAACACCAAUAAAAUAACAUAUUGGGAAUACUAUCUAAAGUAACAUAUCAUAUUAAUAUAGACGCACUACAAAUAUUGGACAAUAAGUUAUUAAUAUGAUAUAAAAAAGUUUAGAUUGA